CUAACGACGGUUCCAACACAUGGAAUGGCUUAUCAUCCUAACCCCACUGACACUCUUCUCUUUGAGUCUCACUCCCAAUCUGGAAGUGAUAAAGAUGGAGAAUUUGAUGAAGAUGGGUAUGAAAAAACUUCCGUUUUAUAUGAUUCUGUAGUGCCUGAUAGUCCAAUCAAUGAAAAUGAAACCCAGUUGGAGAAAGUUUGCUUUCACACUGAAUUAGUGGAUGAAUAUCAUUCUGAUGAUGAUAUGGGUCAUAAUGAAAUUGUGCUUGAUAGUGAGGAUGAAGGACGUUGUAGAAUCCCAUGUUUAGAUUCUGCUGAUUCAAUUGACAAACAACUCGGUGCAGGGAAGAAAUUGUCUUCGGUGAAUAAUAAUAGCAGUGAUGGAAAACAAGAAGAUGAUCAUGAGAUUCGAAGGUUGCAAUAUGUCAGUUCUCCGGAAUCCAAAGAAUCGUCCCAAGCUACUGCACUUUCCUUUGUGGAUAACUUCUUGAGCUUUAAUACUGUGGAUAUGUGUCAAGGAGUUGAAGAGAGAACAAAGAUUAAAUCACCUCUUGUUUCCACUGCAAAGGGAACUCGACGUUUGGCUAAGAUAAUCAAGCGGGGAUCUCCGGUCAAAGAAAUGGGAGCCUUUGAAUGGUUUGAGAGUUGUGGGCAAGCAGAGGCCGACUCCUUUAUCAAGAGAGGGUUGGUGUCUUCUGAAUUUGGAGACUUCAGCCAUCAUGAUCUUUAUAAUAAAGGGUCAAGAAGCAUAAGCAACAAGCAUGAAGAGGAGCUUGUACACCUUCACAAUGACAUUAGAGGUCCGAGUCAUUCAAUUUUCAAGGAUCAUUGUUCGGAAGCAAGUACCGGGAUAGAAAAAGAAUCAGAAGGGAAUGUUAUAAAUGGAUAUUUAAAGGAGUUUGAUGAGCUCAUGCCAACAAAAUCAUCUUCUGAAAAUUUUGAAGUCAGUGUUACUGCAAGAGACGUACCAGACGUAUUUGAUGUUGGUAUUGGCACCCAAAUAGCUGCAGAAGCGAUGGAGGCUUUAUAUUACGGCCUCCCUCCUAGUUGCAAUUCUGGUGAUACAUGUGAAGGUCUAGAGAAUACCUUCACAGAUCUUCAGGAAGGUGAAACAAAGAGUACUACCCAUUUGCAGUGGAAUUCCCUUCCAAAAGUUGCUGCCUGUGAAUCAGGAGAAGUUGCAAAAGAGUCUAUUCGAAAAAAGCACUCUGCUAGGAGAUUUAACAAGGACAUUUCUAGUUCAUCGUGCAACUAUAAUUAUCAGAAGUUGAGUCAAAAAGUAAAACCAAAUAGAUACAAGUGCAAGCAAUCUAAGGUAGAUGAACCAGUAAGCAGUAACAACCUUAAAAAGUGGAUGUAUGUGAGUCCAUCCAUUCCUGAUGAGCAAACCUUGCUCGGGAAACAACUGUCACGGGGGGAACCUGUUACUCAUAAAUCUAGGCACUCAGAGGGUGGAGUUACCGUGAAAAAGAAUAAUGACCAAGUUGAUAAAUCAAUUGUGAUGACCAAUAAUGUCAAUGAGGAAAACAUGUUGACAUAUAAGAGAAAGAGGAAAAGAGUGGCUGCUUAUCCACCACCUAAGUUAUUGAGUGGCAAGCAGAAAUGCUCUCAGCUGCAUUCUUUUGCCUCUAUUGAAGCUUCUGAUGGCCGACCGAGUGAACAACAACAAAGUUGUCCGGAAGAGGCUUCUAUAGCCAGGUUAUUAAGAUUAGAUUCAUGGAACUGUCCCAAAGGAAAAAGAACACUUCGUAAAGUGCCAAUCCAUUCCAGUGGACAAAGUAAUAUGCAUGGUUCAUUCACUAGUGUUGGCGCAGAAGAACAGAACCUGGAUUCUGUCAGAAGUCAAAAAAUCCCAGAAGAUGGUGAAACCAAUUCUAGUAACUUCUACAUGAAGGGACAAAUGGGAACUAACCUGUCUCGGCUUUCUUUAGAAAAUAGUUCUGAUGAAAUUCUAUCAAGAGAGAACUGUAGUGUACAAGUUGCAUGUGUUGUUACAAACAGUGAUUUAGCAGUCACAAGCAUAUCUGCUAAGGACUUGGAUGGAGCCAAGGCUGCCCAAACUGGGAAGCUAGAUUUUGUGGAUUCUACAUCAAUUAUCAAUGGUUUAAAGAACCAUAAUUUUGGAGAAUCACCAAGAAAGAGUCUUGAAUCCUCUGGUACCGAAUUCAACAUCACGCUUAGUUGUAAAAAGAGUGUGGAUAUGGCAUCACUCAACAAUAGAUAUUACGUUUAUCAAAGAAGACCUUGCAACAGAAUCUUACCAAAAUCAUCACUUUUGAAAGAGCUUAUGGGACUAGGUAUUCCCGACUUAAUAUCUGAUUUUGCACACACAGGUUUUAGAACACGAAAAGGAUUGGCACAUGUUCGAGUCCUGUUUAGCCAGCAUUUGGAUGAUGAUGUAAUCAAGCAGCAGAAAAAGAUCUCUGCGCGACUCGGUAUUUCUAUCACAUCAUGUUCUAUGGAUGCCACACAUUUCAUAGCGGACAAAUUUGUGCGUACAAGGAACAUGUUGGAAGCCAUUGCAGUUGGUAAACCGGUGGUAACACCUCUAUGGCUUGACAGCUGUGGACAGACGAGUUGCUUACUUAAUGAGAAAAAGUACAUCCUGAGGGAUGCCAAGAAGGAGAAGGAAAUCGGCUUUAAUAUGGCUGUUUCAUUGGCUUGUGCAAGACAAUAUCCACUUCUAAAGGAUAAAAAAGUCUUCAUCACCCAAAACGUUAAACCGAACAAAGAGAUGAUUACUAGCUUGGUCAAAGCAAGUGGAGGCGAGGUAGUGGAGACAAGUCGGAAAAUGGCAGCAAGAGAUCAAAAGAUUCAAGUUGAUCACUUGAUUCUUUCCUUUGAGCAAGAUCUAGCAAUCUGUACCCUGUCACUCGAGAAAGGAGCAGCAGUGUAUAGUUCAGAGCUUCUGUUGAACGGGAUUGUCAUCCAAAAACUGGAAUAUGAGAGGCAUCAACUCUUCCCCAAAUUUGUGAAAGAGAAAAGAGCAAGCUGAGAGAGGAAUAGACACAGUGGAAGCUCAAGGGAACGUUGAUCUACAAUAGUUUACUAAAAUUAGUGGAUCAUCUUUGGUUACAAUGUCAAGUAGAUGGGGUACAUAUUUUGUUAAACAGGUAGAAAUUAAAGGUUACAAUGUCAAGUAGAUGGUUAUACAUUUUGAUAUCCAGUUGCAUGUUUUGGCAGUAUGGUAUGGCAUUAGAAACUUGGGUAAACAACACA